UAAUUCCUCACAUUCCCAUAGUUUCUGUGCUCAUACCAAUAGGUCGAGAGCCGAAUUUAUCUCCAUAACCUAUAAUUGCAGUUUCAGUUCUAAGGGGUAUGUUCUGUGUUUUCCACAAAAUAUCCCCCCUGUUCUGUGGUGUGUUUCUAGGGCUUUUGAUAAUCUUGGUUAUAUUGUGAGUAUUAUGUGUAAAUGACGCUAAAUCACAGAAUCAGGGGGUAUGUUCUGUGCGUUAAACUUUUAUGCUGUUUAAAACUGGCUAAUUCCAAUUUCCACAAUGAAAUUAACGCCUGGGACGUGCGGGUUAUGUGCGGUAAGCGGCCCAGUAAUAGUGCCUUUUGACCAUACCAAGAUCGCCGCCUUUUUGCCGGAAACAUUGAAGAGUUACAUAGGUGUUCCCAUGAUUAAGGAAAUAUCAUCGGAGCUCCAAGUGUGCUGUUUUUGUCUUGCCCAUAUGCUUCAAGUGGUACAAUAUGAAGAAAGCCUUGGAACGUUCUCCACAUUAAACCACCGUUGCAGUAUUUGCCGGAAUGUUGAGCAUUUAGUCAACAUAACGGAAUGGUCGCAUUUCGAUGUUCUGUUGGAGAACAUUAAUGCCAAGCGGAAGAAGAAAUGUGCAGUUUGUUUACCCUGCAUAGCUCACCUAGAGCGGCUCAACGUGAUUAAAGAGCAUUUUCUCAAGAGAGUUUCGAAACUACAAAAUUCCCGUUGCCGAACAACAAAACGCCAGAUAACCCGAAAUAAGUUACCCCGUGGUAAAGAGGGGCCUGAUAAUCAAUGUAAGCUGCACAAUGGGCCGAACGUCGAUUUGAAGUCAAAGACAAGAUCAAAACCGACAAAAACUGGACUGGGUUUGAAUCAUUUGAAGCCCCUGAAAUAUUCUGAAUUUAAUGUUGACGAGUACAAAAAUGAUACACGUCUGUUGGACCAGAUUGCGUUCGUCAGCUUAAAGAGUGCUUUAACAUCAGUUAAAGUGUCAACUCAAGUUGAGAAGCCUCGGAAGAAUCAGAAGAGAGCAAAAACAGUCAAAAACAAAAAACCAAAGAAGAGUCUCAAUAAACAGGUCAAAACAAGUAAACCCAAACGCGUUUUGAAAGCGCGCCAGCAAAAUCCGAAAACUAAACAACUGAUAGUUAGAAUUUUGAAAGCAAAUCUCGAUGAAUUAAUCCAUACAGCGCAACAGGACGGUGAUGAAGCCAAAUUAUCAACAGAAGGUGAUGUUGAGUUAAGUUCCCAAAACAAUGACGAAAUACAAGAGUUAUUUACGGACGAAUUAGAGACGCCUGAUAGCCCCCUGAAGAACUAUUUGUUGAAAAAGGCGUUAUCAGAGUUAAUUACUAAUGAGGAAAAUUCGUCAAAAACUUUGAAGAGAACAACACCUGAAGAAAGUAAUUCGGAAAUCAAAUCUAAUGAACUGGACUCACUAAGUGUAAAAAGGCCGAAAAUUGAUGCAAUUAAUCAAGCAAAGACUGAUGCUUCUGGUCCAUUUGAGCCAGUUGAUCUGUUCGAUGCAUUAUGCUCAUCCGUUAAGGUGAGCCAGAACAAUGUGCUCAAGCAGUCGCCAAUAGAUGCGAAAGAAAGUGAAGACGUUUUAAGUUUGGAAAUUACGCUUGCUGAUCUGGUAAUCAAACAAGAAGAAGACAAUUCGUCAUUAUGUAGUGAUCAAACAGAUAUAUUCACCGACUUCAAUCAAGUGAAAUGUAUCGAGACCAAAGAAAUGAGACGAUUUGCUACUUUAGACAGUGAUAUCGAGGUAGCUGACUUAAAGGUAGAAUCCAUCAGCGAAGACACAAUUGUUACGCUUGCUGAGUUGAGAGCAGCUCAGAAUUCUCUUCAUGUAACUUCGUCUAGAGACACUGAAGAUGGUUCUCAUAUUAACAAUUCACAAUUAAUCAAAGAGAACAGUGCAACCCAUGAAAAGAAGCUGGCUGAUAAAACUGAGAAACCACUCGAAGCUGAGGAUGCGUCACAAGAAGUCGACGAUGUUGAAGCAGAUAACUUUGAGAAACACAGCACAAAUUCUGUCGAGUCGGAAGAUGAUGAUUGUUUGCCAGAUAGCUUGCAUCUUUACUUGGACAUUGAACCUACAAACGAUGACAACAGCACUUGCACCCCUGCAAACGAAGGUUCUGACUCUGUUUUAUAGAUAAAUGUUGUAAUUUAGUUACAGUUAUGUUUUUGUUUUUAGUAUAGAUUAGUAGCUAACAAAAUGAAAUACAAUUUGUAAUUGUUUUUUACUGGAAACAUUGUUGGUAUUCCUAGAAUUCAAAAAUAAACUGUUCGCAUAGA